AUGACAGAGCCAUGUUCCACCGGCAUUGGAGGUGACAUGUUCUGUCUAUUCUACAACGCCAAGACGAAGAAGGUACAUGCGCUCAAUGGUUCUGGCCGGUAUCCCGGCAGUGCCAGUCUGGAGAAGAUCCGCAAGGACCUGGGCCUGGCCCCUGGCGCACCAGGUAAGAUGCCUAUGAUGAAUGCUCUGUCUGCCACAACGCCCGGAGCCGCUGCCGGGUGGGUAGACACGGUAGAAAAGUUCGGUAGCGGGAAACUGUCGCUGGAGCAGAUCUUGCAGCCUGCGAUCGAGCUCGGCGAGCAAGGUUUCCCCGUGUCGGAGCUUUCAUCCCAUGGAUGGCACAAAGCUGAGAAAGAUAUCCGUAAUGCAUCUCCCAACUUCCGUGAAAUGCUUAAGGUCGAUCCUACAGCCACGGAUGGCGUGCGACCUCCGUGUCCCGGUGAAAUCAUGAAGAACCCCACACUAGCCAAGACCUUCCGUGCACUGGCUGCAGAGGGGAAGAAGGGGUUCUACCAGGGCCGCAUUGCCGAGGCAAUCGUCAAAGUCAUCCAGGAUCAGGGUGGCUACAUGACACCUGAAGAUCUUGCGUAUCACGCUGAGAUUGGAACCCAGGAGGUCGAUGCGAUCUCGCUCAAGUUCACCGGGCAGGACAUCGUGUCCAAGGCCACUCCAGGUACAGACGGGGAUGCCAACCAAGGCGUCGAGAUCUGGGAACACCCACCGAAUGGACAGGGCAUUGUGGCACUGAUGGCUCUCGGCAUUAUGGAAGAACUUGAGAAGUCCAACAAGAUUCCCAAGUUCACCCAAGCCCAACAUAACUCUGCAGAAUACCUGCACGCCGUCAUUGAAAGUCUGCGCAUCGCUUUCGCCGACGCAGCAUGGUGGGUCACAGACCCGGAUGUCGAGAGCGUACCAUCGCAAGGUCUACUAGACCCCAAGUAUCUCGCUGAGCGGGCGAAACUCUUCAUCCCGGAUCGCGCAGCAGAUAUCAUGGAUCAUGGCAGUCCCGCGCACAACCACUGCGACACGGUAUACUUCGCAGUAACGGAUAGUGAAGGUAACGGCAUCUCUUUCAUCAACAGCAACUAUGACGGGUUUGGAACCGCCAUCAUCCCCGCCGGCUGUGGCUUCACGCUGCAGAAUCGUGGAGCCAACUUCUCUCUGCAAGAAGGUCACCCCAACGCUCUGGCACCACACAAGCGGCCCUAUCACACCAUCAUCCCUGCUUUGAUCACCAAUAUCUCGGAUGGCUCAUUGCACUCCGUGUACGGUGUCAUGGGUGGCUUCAUGCAGCCGCAGGGCCAUGUGCAGGUCAUGCUCAACAUGCUGGCCUUUGGCUACCACCCACAAGCAGCGCUUGACUCGCCACGCUUCUGUCUCGCCGCACCGACAGAUGAGAGUACAGAUCGGACAGUUUGGGUCGAAGAAGGUAUCAGUGAUGCUGCUAUUGAAGGACUCCGUCGUCUUGGUCACAAGGUGGAGGUUUUGACCAAUUGGAAGCGAGCAAUGUUUGGUCGUGGGCAGAUUAUCCGCGCGUACCAUGAUGAAGGUCAACUCGUCUAUGCUGCUGGCAGUGAUCUGCGGGGCGAUGGAAUGGCCUUCCCGUCAUUAUAG